UUAAGGCUGGGGGGCGGUGCUUAUUACUCAAAUAAAUGUGCUAAAUUCUUGUUUACUUUUACUUACAUUUAUUUUCGGUGACUUAAUGGUGAUGUCUUAAUAGAAGGCAAAUUAAAAAUACUGAAAAAUAAGACAUGUUAGUGUUGGUGGAAUUUUAAAGAACCCGCUCCGGAGCUUCCUGUUUAUGUGGCGUCGUGUCAAAGUGAUAAGCAUGGCGGACGCGGAGGAAGGUUUAGAAAAAGCCAGUGCCGUUCCUCAGAUGGACAACAGUAAACUGAGAGCUUCUGCACCGAGAGAGGGACAGUCUUCGGAAUGCAAGAGCUCGGAGCGGAAGGCCUCGGAAUACUGCGCCAAAGUGCAGGAAUGGAUGUGGCAAUGUUACUGGCAGCAACUCCAGUGGCACAGCUGGGCGGCUUUCGCCUUUACUUCGCCACCGCAUCUCUGUUAUAACUCGCAGACGCCGAACCAGGCCUCGCAGGCGCCGGGAUGGCAAGGGAGCACGGGGGUGACCGACCCACGAAACUGGCCCAAUAGCACAAACCCCGUUCUCUUCCCCGGACAGGCGCCCGUGGGUACUCCAGGACAGGGGACACCUGCAACGGCCCCAGCUUCAGCUCGACCUGCAGGGCAACAGCAUGGAAACGCGCCUCAAGCAGGUCGUGAGUAUACCAUUCCUUCUCCACUGCAUCGGUUCAUAGCUGAGAUGGUUGACUUCUUCAUCCUUUUCUUUAUAAAGGCAGCAAUUGUCUUAAGCAUAAUGCACUUCAGUGGAAUGAAGGAUGUCUCCAAGUUUGCUAUGCAUUACAUUGUAGAAGAUAUUGAUGAAGACACCUCCAUGGAGGAGCUGCAGAAAAUGAUGAUUGUCGCCCUUAUCUAUAGAGUACUUGUUUGUUUCUAUGAGAUAAUUUGCAUUUGGGGUGCAGGUGGAGCAACUCCAGGCAAAUUUUUGCUUGGACUUCGAGUGGUCACAUGCGACACCUCUGUGCUUGUGCGGCCGAACAGGGUGCUGGUCAUCCCAGCAUCAAAUGUCAGCAUGUCUGCGUCUACGGUGCGUGCGCUGAAUAAAAAUUUCUCCAUUGCCUUCUUUUUCCCUGCAUUCAUCACACUGCUGUUUUUCCAGCACAACCGGACCGUAUACGACAUUGUCGCAGGGACAAUUGUGGUGAAACGAAAUGGAGCAAGAUGAGCAGCCAAAGAACCCGAGCACUUGUAAGGUUUCAUGUCCUGUGGAAGCGUCUACGUUUUUUGCAACAAGAGCAGAAGCUUGUGUGAAGCGGCACAAAAGGAGAAGGCAUGAGCGAGGCAGAAGGAAUGUUGUUGGGGAGGAGAUACUGAGAUCAAAGUAAGGGGAAGGUCCAAGUGGUUCAGACACACAACAUGCCAGACAAUGGAUAAUCCCAGUCAAAAGUUUAAAAAAACGAAACAAAUCCAGACGAGGAUCCAUCGAAAUCAAAACCUGUUGUUGCCUUUAUGGUGCCUGAGCAUAACGUAUAGGAAUGGGCAGAAGAAGGAGAUGAGCUACUUUUAUGUCCAGAGUUGUGUUCUAUUUAAAACAAAAGGCAUUCUUAAUUACUACAUUUUUAAAAAAUAAUGCAGGAUAUGAGCUUUGUGUAGUUCUUUCUGCAAUUUUUGUGGAGGAGAAGAAGAAUCUUUAAUGGUACAUGAUGGUAUUAUAUAAACGGUGUGUCUGCACCUUAAAAAUUUAGAGGACACUACAGGCCAAAAAUGUUCUGACAUUUUUUUUUUUUUUGCUUACUGCUUUAAAGGACUGAAUGCACAUUUCCAGAACUCGGCCCCCCAAUCUGCCAGUGUUUUAAUUGAUAGGGAAAACCUGUUUACAGGAUAAAAGAGAGAAAAACACACACACAAAUAGACAAAAAACGUAUUUUUAUACCGCAGUCUGUAGAACUCCUGGCACAGAAGGUGCCCCGGAGGAGAUUUAGAUUUUUGCUUUUGCUUUGCUCUGCUCAUGUCACUAAAGGGGUGUUGUAAUGGAAUUCUUUGCUACUUCGCCCAAUAUUAACAAAUCUAUUUUUUAAUAAUAAGAACAUUUUGUUUCUGAUUACUAUGGAGAGAAAAAAAUCAAGGUAACUUUAAUGUAUGCAUGUCGGCAGAAUGUGAAACACUUUAACUGCAGCUUGAUUAGGUAAGGCGGUCUUCCAGUUGUUCGCCAUAUUAUUUUUUUAACCUGAAUAAUGAAUGUUGGGGAAGUUUUUGCAUUUGCUUUUACAAUUAGGCUGGUUAUUCUAAGCUGAUUGAGAAGUGUAAAUAGACAAAAAUGGAACGAUAACAGAAAAUGGGCCUUAAAAAUGGUUUGGUGGGACGUCCCACUCCUGCUCAGUAAAUAAAAGUACAUGAUACCAGGUCUUAUUCAGCAAUACGGCAUUGUGAGCCGUUAACAGAUUUGGACACGUCUGUACUGUGUUUUGCAGUUUUAAAGCUUCCUUCCUUUCUUUUUUUGCUUCCAAUUGGGUUUGCCGACACAGACGUAACCACUAAUUUGAAAAGUUGAUACUCUGCAGUCGUAGUGCAGCAUGUCUUACAUUGGACAGUGAACAUUUUGCUUCCUGGACACUUUAGGCUGUAUCGUAUGGAUUUUGGCCUGUUGAUCGCCUUUUAAAUUUUUCUGUCGCGUACCAUUUUAUUACAAUGGCCUGUUUUGUGAUUUCCUCUCCUAUUAUUAUAAGUGUAUUACAACUGGAACAUCUGCGCUGAUCGAAUAGGAGUGGAUAUCAUGAGUCCUACAAAUGGGACAUACCUGCUAAAGUUUCUCAGGGCACACAAACCACGUCUUGUAAAACUGGAGAUCUAAGAAGGUGAAGGGUUUUGGAUACUUGAGGGCAGUCGUUUCCACAAAUAACUGAUGCCGAUUAUUAAAGUAGGCGUUUUUUUUUGUUGGUCCACAAACCAGACACGUCAGCAACGACGAGCAGUUAGAAGAUGUGCUAGCACAGUUGACGGAAAUCAAAUGGAAGACGUUCAAGGAUGUUGUUGAGAAUCUUGGUGGCAACUCCAGAGCACUAAGCUCCAGCCAGCUGGUUGCCAACAUACUUCAAGCAUACAAAACAAAAGUUCAACAUGUCAGUAAAGACUAAAUCGCCGCAUUCACGCUGGGACUACUUCUCUGCUAACCUUGGUGCAGUCCGUGAUGGAGAAGCCGUAUCAAGUCAAGUGGAGUCCAUCUGUUGUUGGGCACUUAAACGAGACGCAUCCGAGGCCGUCUACAAACCAGAAGCAGCAGCAAAACAUCGUUCACCCAAUUGAACUAAUGCAAUGUGCAAUCGGUCCCUAACCGAUUUAACACACUAGAUUCUAUAAAAGGGUGGCACAGUGGGUAGCUGCUGCCUCGCAGUUAGGAGACCCGGGUUCACUUCCCAGGUCCUCCCUGCGUGGAGUUUGUGUGGGUUUCCUCUCACAGUCCAAACACAUGCAGGUUAGGUGCAUUGGUGAUUCUAAAUUAUCCCUGGUGUGUGUGUGUGCCCUGUGGUGGGUUGGCACCCUGCCCGGGGUUUGUUUCCUGCCUUGUGCCCUGUGUUGGCUGGGAUUGGCUCCUGCAGACCCCCGUGACCUAUAAAAGUUAAUUUCAUGUGUCGCCCCUUUCCUAGCUGCCACAGUUAAUCUGUUUAUCACAAUUCAAGUUUUCAGGAAGCAAAAAAAAAGACUUGCUGUCCCGUGUAUUUACAUUAUUUUUCUCAAGAGCACGUUUGUUGUAAUGGAAUUAAUUUCCAAACGUUUUAUCAUUGAUCCGUGUUUAUGCAGUACCUCCCACUUCUUCUACUUUAGUGUCUUCGCUGUUUUGCCUGAGUGGAGGGGCACAGGUGACAUUCUUGUCAGAAACGCACCACCGUGGCAGUUGCUUCUGCCCUCAAGUCCAACUUUCUUGGUGCAUCUCGCAUUUAAAACAACCGCUCGGAGGAUUCGCUUUUUGUCUUUCAUAACAAAUUCUGUCACCGAUGGAGUGCGUUGUCGCGUUUUUUAUUUUUUUUUUAAUUUUGAGUUGUUCAGGUUUGAUCUUCAUGCCAACUCGCUCCAGAGCCCUCAGUAAAGUCUGCUUAUUGUUUCAUGUGAAUUGACAAAUAGUGAAAACUAAAGGUGGCCCCCGUGAAAUGUGUCCGGAUCAUGUUGUCCUCGCGUGCGCCGGUCACUGCCUUUUCGUUAUGAACAGAAGUCGUCUGAAUGUGCGACAUUUCAAAAUGGAGCUGGGCCUCUUGUGCGCCACAAGUUCAAAAAUGUGACGCAUGUAGAAAACGAGUUACAGGGGCCAACGUCUGACAAUUCGUAUUACGGGACUUGCUGGCUGGGGAGCUCCGCUAAUUCUAAGGCUUCUCAUGUGCAAAGCUAACUUGGGCUGUAAACGGACAGAAUGCCGCACUUCUCUAUAAAUGUUUACUGAGCUGGGGUGGGCAGCUUGAGUCCCGGGGGGUCUUUAGGUCUUUAUCAUUGGCUCAUUCACGACUGUUUAGUUGUUUUUCUAUAAUUGCAUUUCCUUUUCAGCCAAUUCUCCACUCGAAGUGGCCGUCCUGGUGAGUUUUCAUGUUAAUCAGUGUUUUACGAAAUGUGAAGAGCCGGUCGCGUUUUGAUGAUGAUGAUGAUGAGACUUCUUUAAAUGUAAUGAUGAAUGAUAUUUUAAAAAGACAAUUUACUGUGCUGCCCUCAAGUUAAGAAAUCCAAGUUCAAGAAUCAAUGUUGGAGUUUGUUUCUGCAGAAAUGUGUGUGGUUUGCUUUUUGUACAGUGGAUUGAGAAAGUAUUGACCCCUUCACUGUACCAGGUUGUAGAUUUCAUUUUAAAUUGAUAAUAUUGCUAGUACCCAUUAAUAACAAAUUGAAAGCAGUUUUCAGAAAGGUUUGGAAAUUUAUGAAAAAAUCAAAAACUGAACCACCUCAUUCAUACGAUUAUUCAGACCCUGAAUUUGGUACUUUGGGUGGGUCUCUUCAAGCUGUGCACACCUAGAUUUGGGCAGGUCCUCUCCAGCUCCGUUAGGUAGAAUGGGAAGCGCCUGUAAAGUGCCAUCUUCAGGUGUUCCCACACCUGGCCUACAGGGUUUAUGGGGGGCACUCCAGGACCCUCAGAGGCUUGUCCCAGUGCCACUCCUGCAUUGUCCUGCUCAAAGGUGCACCCAGUCUGAGGUUGUAGAAAACCCACUCCAGCGUGUGCACAAAGACUUUUGACCACUCUCCCUGUCUCCCCAUACUCUGAUACUGCUGCCACCCUGCCUCACCAUAGGGGUGGCAUCAGGUAGGUGAUGAGCCACAAGUAGCACUUUGAGGAGCUCUUUGGGCACAACUCCAACUAGAGAGGCUUUAUCCAAGCAGGACUUUGCCUUUCUACUCAAACACCAUUUAAUGAAUGCUGCUGCAGUGGUCUACCAAUCUCACAAGAGCACUUCUGAAAACUGCUUUAGUGUGACCAUGGGGGUUCUUGGUCACCUCCCUCGCCAAACUCGAUGGCCAACUCUAGGAAGGCAGGUGGGACGCUGAUGGUUCCAAACUUUUUCCCUUUCACAAUGAGUGAGGCCGCUCAAAGCUUCACAAGUGGUUUUUGUCUCCUUGCCCUCAUCACAGUUUGGUCCUGGAGGUGUGCAGCGCGCUCCCUGAAAGUCUCAACAUGCAGUGUGAAUUGUGGGGACACGUGUGCCUUUCCAAACAAUGUCAACUCAGUGUUUCCCCCCCAAGCGCACUCCAGUCUCCGUGAAAAUCAAAUCUCAGCACAAUUUGGAGUCUGAACACUUGGAUGAAGGAGAGAUUGCAGUUGCUGACUUUUAAUAAAUCUGCAAACCUUUCAGCACACAUCUUCACUUUUGUCGUUAUGGGUUGGCAAGUGCCGAUUGAUGGACGGAAAAGACAAAGGUAUCCAUUUGCAAUGAAAUCUGUGUGCCGAGACGGAAGGGGUCCGAGUACUAGCACAGCUCACUCUAUAGCCAGGCAUGCUUGAAUUAUGGAGUUACUGUCAGGUACAUUCUGGCCAAUUAAACAAAUUCAAACAAGCCACCAUUGAGGUCCUCUAGGACUGAUUUUGCCCAAAUUCCGAUUUAUACCAACUUUGUGUUCAUUCACUUCUAACCUUCACAGGGCCCGUCGCUGUUGAACGAACGAACGUAUGGAAGUAGAAAGAUGGUUUGUCAAGCUGCUCAGCUCAAAGCCACAUCACAAUGUCUUAUUACCCCCACCAUAGAGGAGAGGCAGAGACAUUUCAAAUUUGUUAUUAAUUUAGGUGGGAUUGAAGGGGGCCACUGCCUCUUCAGCCCCUGUAUGUGUGAGUUCAAUAACAUGACACUCGCUUUCACAUUGUACAGGACUUGAGGGCGGACAGUUUUUUUUCAUUCCUAGCAGCUGCCCCUUAAAACCAUCUUUCUACUUUAAUGAAUAUUUGGGAUGGUUAUGGCAGGUGGCCACCCGGUGCCCGAGUCUGCAUGUGCUCGCACCUUUAUGUUAAAAGGAGUCAAAACUGUGUGAUAUCUCAAGGAAGACAUGCCUAGCAGUAUUACUGUCUCACACGAAACAUAAUCUGGUAUCUUAAUAAAUUAAAUAUUGUAAACCUUGA